AUGAUAGACAAAUUACCUCGCCAGCUCGUCGCACGCGCGAGUCCCUUUAUUCACAUGGUCCUGGCGCGAAAGCGUCUGAUCCUUUUCCUGUGUGUGCCGUUACUAUUAAUUGCUGUACUCUUUUCUGGCGCGGUGAACGUCGACAGCGAGUGGUCGCACAAGUUGGAGGGCCUCAGACCAAUAGGAGAGAGCAUACAAAAUGGCAUCAACUAUGUGGCCGGCGACGGCUCCAACUACGACAGCAGCGGCGUCGUCUACGUCCACACAAACGGCUCCUCGAACAGCUCCACCUCCUUGGGCCACGGCAGCACCAAAUACAUAAAGAGCAAGGCCUACAAGCGACCCGGCUACGAAUUGCCCCUCGGCAGCGGCAUGCCGCUUCGCAUCAUGGCCCUCGGCGCAUCGACGACGCGCGGCGACAGUCCCGAAGAAGACAUCGACAACAACGGUUUCCGACGGCCCCUUCGCGAGAGGCUGACGGCAAUUGGCAACCCUGUCAACUUUGUCGGAACCCAGCGCCUGGGAAAUAUGACCGACAACGAUAUCGAAGCCUAUCCCGGCGUCGUCACCGAGACCAUCCACAAAAACGCCAAAAACGCCGUGCCCAAGUCAAAGCCUAACUUGUUUCUCGUCAACGCCGGGUCCAACGAUUGCUUUCAGCAUAUCGACAUUGACAACUUUUACAAACGAUACGAUGCUCUCGUUGAGUACCUCUUGAACGCAUCGCCGCGGUCGACCGUCGUUAUUUGCACGCUCCUGCCCACGUGGGACGAGCGCUUCAACGGUCGAGAAGAAGUCUGGCGCGUGAACCCGCAGAUCCGAAGGCUGGCCAAGAUAUACGAGGAGGAGAAGAAGCCCGUGGUACUGGCCGAGCUCCAAGGUCCGGACGGAGUCCAGGAUGGAAACAUAGCCUCGGAUGGUAUGCACCCCGGGACUGCGGGCUACGAGAUGAUGGCCACCAAAAUGUACGAGGCGAUCGUCGAGGCAGAUGCCAAGGGCUUCCUGCAGUCCCCCGUGGCCAUCGAGGGAAUCCUCGACGACGGCGACGCGGAGAGGAAAGACGAGAAAUACACGGCCUGGGUCGAGGAGAAGGUCAUGAUGGACAAUGCGACAAUGAAGGCCCAGGAGAAGGAGAUCAACAUAAUGAAGGCGGAGCUUGCGCGCCUACGCGAGGAAGCAAAGACGCCGGGGCCCGCGCCGACGGGCGCCGUCAAGUCGGCGCAUGAGAAGAAAGACAUCCGGUUUCCCAAGCUGUUUGUCGUGUAA